AUGUUCGCCUAUGAAAUAGACGAGGACGGCCGUCAAUUGCAGGGCCGGUCGAUCAAAACGGUGCUGCCGUACCAUGUCGAAUUCAAAUGUUCACACAGAGACGUGCUGGAAUACGGGUUCCAGUUGACCGAGGAUGGCAGCCUUUACCUAACCUACGAACAACACAUCGUACCGUACAUGGAGUACUGCGUGGGGUAUUCAAAGGGAAUAGUGACCGACACCAUAGUGGCGUACAUAUGCAACUCUGACACCGUGUUUAUGGUCGAACGUGCACGUGCCAGCUCGAUUCCCAUUUUCUUUCGGGCAAGUUACGUGGUGUCUGCCGUGUGCCUGGCGCUCACGCUGCUCCUGUACAACACACUGCCCAGCCUCCGAAGCACCCGCAACUACUCCGUCAAGUGCUACUUGUACCACCAGUUCGUGUAG